AUGCCGUCAUUGCCAACGUUCACCUGUACCGUUAGAGCACGAGGCGUGUACGGACUAUGCACCAGCCCCAAGCAGCUUUACCAACGGUGCUACCGUGACAUUCUCCUGCACAUGGAACUCACUCCAUGCAAAAAGGAUCCUUGCUGCUUUUUGGGACCUAAUGCCCUUCUGUGUAGCAGCUUUGUGGAUGACUGCUCCUACUGGGCCAAGAGCAAUAAGACCAUGGCCUGGUUUGAGGCUGAAUUGCAGAACCAACUCAAGCUACUUGACAUCUUGCAAGAUUCUUCUUAUGCAUUUACUAAUAAUUCUACAUGUAUUAGACAGGACUCCUGUAUAAUACAUGUUCCAUCCAUGGAACAAGACAUCAGGCACAAACUGAUACAGUGCAAGGAGGAAGUUGAAGAUAGCCUACAAAUGGCAGAAGACGUGAAUUCAAGGCCAGACACCACCUUCCAAAGUCUGCCUUCAGGCAUCUCUGAGUCCACUGUUGAUGAUGGACAAAGUCAUGAGGAAUGGUUGCGUUAUAUUGCGACUGCCAGUUAG